AUGCUAGUUAGCGCAGUUCUAUGUUUUCUCCAGCUUAUGCGUCAAUCCGGCAAGCCCGGGCCAGCCCAGGCCAGCCUGGUGGGGAUGGCGAUAGGCUGGUGGGCCGAGUCUACAAGCCUGGUUUGCUCCAACGAUGUCGUAUAGCCGAUUCACGGCUAGCUUGGGACGAUAAGGAGGCGUGGCCUCUCUGCGCUUUCUACCAGCCAGGCCUGUCUCUUUCAUUAUCGUGUCAGGACCUUUUUCCACCAUUCCUUGAAGGCUCAAGGAAUGGUGGAAAAAGCGAGAGCAAAAAAAAGGAACCUUUGUCACCUUAAAAGGAACAUUUCUAUGGAGCCUUUUUGCACCCUUUCCGACUUUGCCAAUGCAUGGAAAGUUUAUCAUUUUUUGUAAUUUCAGACAAAACCGAUCGUUAUUUACGCUCUAUGAUGAGACCGUUUCCCAAAGAGCAAACGAACCCUAGAGCAGCUGCACCGUAUAAGCGAUCAUUCGAAAGAAGAAAAGGCUAUCGAAAAAUAUUUGCAAAGGAUACAUCGAAUGAAAAGUGAGUUUUCUGGUAAAUCUGGUUGGUUACUAACAACAAUUUUGUAACAAAACAACAAAACAACAAAUACUACAACAACUUGGAAAAAAAAGACUAUUUGAAGUCAUUUUCGAAAUAGAGGAAAAUGGCGGAAAAUCAUUCCGUGUAAAAUCUUCACUCGAAGUGGUCGCUCUCCUUCUGAGGCUUCCACCUAGAGCACGGUCUCCGGGCUCCAGCUCAACAUCCACUACAUUCCGAGCUCGUCAAGGCGCAACUGGAUGGACUACGCGCAGAAGGACAAGACGAAGGACCGUAAGAACAUGCUUUCAACUCUUUCGACUACACGUUUGGACUUCUAGCUCGCCAAAGGCGGUUGUUCGUUAUAGCUUUUAAAGUUCUUGUUCACCGCCUAGUCGAUUACAUCGGACUAAAACAACAAAAUAAAUGAUUUUAUUGAUUUGAUUUUAUUGCCUACGGUCUCUGAAAUUCAAAAAAUGAGUUUCUUCGGGUUUUGAUUUCAAACACUUCUGUAGUUACUAUAUCAUUAAAAGAACGAGAAAUAAGUUUUCUUUGAAAAAACUCGAAUUGAACCAGUUUUUGAGCCUUUUUUGUAGAUUUUCGGUGGGCUAUUUCUCAGUACGUCAUGGCGCUUAGCAAAUCUUUCUUUUUUUUCGACUAUUCAUACCUAGGACUUAUUAUCUCAUUUCAUCACGUCGACUGGUCGGUCUCUUUGCCGCUCUCUCAUGGGAUAAUAUUCCGACGCCCGUCAGCCCUGGACAAGCUGGGCGCUGUACUGUUCCCACAUGGUGAAGCAGUUUUUUCGCUGGUACUACCAACGGGCCAACAUUAUUUCCCAACGCUAGCUGUCACUCCGGGACGUAUUGGACAACGAUUGUGGACCGUAACCCGCGCCGACGACUAA